CAGAUGAGAAAGCAAAGCAUUCACGAAAUAGUUUGUUGCACAGAUGAUCAUUCUUUUCCUCUUCCACUGGUGGCGGUUCAGAAUUGGUCAAAUGUAUCUAAUAAAUUUUGUAUAGGUACAGAUCAGAAGUGGAGCCAGAAUACAACUAAUUUGGAGUCGCUUGUUCCAGGGUGUUCCUAUUCUCAUAUAUCCAUCUUCAUAGUUGGCUACAAAUCAAAGCCGAUAUGCAGUGAUUGGGGAAAAAGCUCAAAUUGGUGGUCCGACGACAAAGGAAAACCUGCCAAGAUGAUUGAAUUCCAGCAGGAAAUCCAGCAAGUAGAAGAAAUUGACAAGAAGAAAGAGUGGCAUCGGGAGAUUACUGAAAAGCUUCACCGCAAGGUGGAAAGUGGUUCUGGAUGUCUGAGCAUCCACACGGUUCCAACGAGACUUCGACGAGUGAAGGAUGAGGCCUACAACUGUCGCAUUGUCUCAAUUGGUCCUUUGCAUCUAGGCAACCAUGACCUUGCAGCCAUGAGAGAGCGUAAAUGGGCUUACAUGCAUCACUUAUUUCAGAGAAUUGAAGAUCGUCAGCAGUUUCUAGAGUGUUGGAAAGAGUGCACGAGUGCUGUUUAUGAUUUAGACUCACAAAUUCGUGGAUGCUACGCUAAAAGGAUGAGCCACAAAGACAAGGGACACAAGGAGCUUGCAGAAGUUGUAUUAAUUGACGGAUGCUUCAUUCUGGAACUUUUCCUCAGGUAUGAGGAACACUUGAAUAUGACACUGGAUUAUCAAUCUGAUCCAAUAUUCAAUAGUGCCUGGAUGAUCGCGGCUCUUCAGCAUGAUCUAGCACUACUCGAAAACCAGAUCCCCUUUAUGAUUCUCGAACGUGUAUAUGAGACCAUUAAGCCUCAUCUAAAGAAUAGUCGACCAAACUCUGUCGCUAGCCUUGCUCUUACAUUUUUUCAACCCAUGAACUAUAAGGCCUUUUUAGAAGAUUGGGACACGCAGUACAACCAUUUGCUUGAUGUCUUGCACAAAUUUUACCUCCCAAGUAAUUGUGACAUCUCAGUAGAAAUUGAAAUGAUUACCGAAAUGAAACAUCAUUCCAGACCUGAACCAGUAUUCGGCAGUACUAAAAAAUGGGGAUUCAAUUUUUGUGCUUCAGAGCUUUCGGCGGCUGGAAUCGAGUUUCAGAAGCAGCAGAGGACGGACCAUUUGUUGAACAUAACUUUCAGCAGGGGAGUAAUUAAAAUUCCACCGAUUUUCAUUGACGAUUCACUCUUGAGGAACUUGAUUGCUUUCGAGCAAUGCAGUCUUGGCAGCCUGCAUCACAUGACAUCAUACGCAAUUCUCUUGAAGAGUCUCAUUCGUUCCCCGCGAGAUAUCAGACUACUUAAGCAAAGAGGGAUCAUAAGUUCCGAUUGGAUUAGAGAAGAAGAGUACUUGUCUCAACUCAAAAGUAUACUUGAUGAAGUUGUUGUGAAGGAGUUCUACUUUGGUGAUUUGUGUGACAAAGUGAAUGCUUACCAUGGCAAGUUCUGGUUUCGCAGAGGUAUAAAGUACAUUUAUCGCACUUAUUUCUCCACAGCAUGGAGUAUGAUAUCAUUUGUUGCAGCCAUUAUACUUUUCAUUCUCACAGCUUUGCAAACAUUCUUUACUGUCCGCCCUCGCUAACGCUUCUCAUUAUUUAGUCAUUUAUAUGUGUUUAAAGUUUCAUCCUGUACGGAUAAGUAAUCUGUAUCAGGCUUCUGCUUUCACGAUUUAUGUGCAAUCGUAAGGAGCCAAAAGCGGAUCUUCUG